CACGGUCUCCUCAAAAUCGAUACAGUGCGUGCUUUAAACCAACAUCUAUGCGUAGAAAAUACACUGAUAUAUAUUUUUUUCAAAAUUGCUGGUUACAUUGAGGUCGCAUAUAAAUGUGUCAGAUUAAGUUCCUGGGUAAUACUACACACGAAACUUUACAGAUCUUUUGCAAAUCUCCAAAAAUGUUUACCUAGAAUAUUCUGUCAUUAUGCAUCCACGUCGUUUUUGAUGGCUCUCGUCUUAGGCAUACCCUAGUGAAAGAAGCGCACUUUCACUUACGCCAACGUCAGCCGAAAUCCACAGCAGGCCCAGAUAAAUUCGCCUAUAAAAUUUGCGUCUCGCAAAACACUCGAGAUUAUCGAUCUAUUUUUACGUGUUAUCGAGUAUUUCGGGCCUCAAGAAUGAACAUUAUCGGAUCAGACACUUCCUGGGGCCUAUAAAUUUUGGAAAAUCGAUCUCCGUCGACAGUUGUUACGUCAACGCCCAACCGAUCGCAAAAGCACCCGCAGCAACCUAGUUUCAGUACCUCGCGCAGGUGGAAACUUUAGGCCAUCAACAUGCGCUUCGCGGUGGGGUUGAUUUUGGCGAUUUCCUCGGUGCAACUGACCUACGAAGAGACGUCGGUCGAUGCAGGAUCUGAAACUUUGAUCCUGACCCACGUGCUUUUUCGUCACGGAAACCGAACGGCUGACAGGCAGCACGAACUCUAUCCCAACGACCCCUAUUUAAACGAAGAUUACUAUCCAUACGGCAAUGGACAGCUGACCAAGGCGGGCAAACAAAAAGAAUACAGCAUAGGAAAAGCAUUACGUGCGAGAUACCACGACUUCCUAGGUGACGACUACUACCCGGACAUCAUCGAAGCAUUUAGUACCGAUUACAACCGCACCAAAAUGUCUCUCCAACUGGUACUAGCUGGUUUAUUUCCUCCCAACGAGGAAGACAUGUUCGAAUACGGCAUACAGUGGCAACCAGUGCCAUUCAACUACUUACCUAAAGACCAGGACAAGAUCCUUCUCGGGGUGUUGUGCCCUAGGUACCUCGCGCUCUACGACGAGGUCAGCCAGUCACCGGAGAUGCUCAAAGAGUUCGGUAAAUAUAGGGAUGUCUUCAGAUACAUAUCGGAAAACACGGGAUUGAACGUAAGGAAAUUCUUCGACGUCUACAAUUUGUACUUUGGACUUUCGACUGAAGAAGAAUGGGGUUUUGACUUGCCCCAAUGGACCAAGACCGUGUGGCCUACGACUAUCACGAGUCUGGCUAUCAAAGAGUACUUUGUCUCGAUGGCAACGUUGGAAAUGAGACAAAUGGCAACCGGUUACUUUUUAAAUAAACUAAUCGAAGAUACGAAGAGGAAAAUCAUCAGCAGCAAUUUGCCGGGGAAGAAAAUGUUUUUGUAUUCGGCCCACGAGAGCAACCUUGCCGAACUGUUGAUGGCGCUCAACGUAUUCACGCCCCACGUGCCUAAUUACGGAGCAUGGAUAUCGAUCGAGGUCCAUUUUAUCAACAACAUUUACGGUGUGAAAGUUUUUUACGAGAACCACGAGGAACAAGGACCACGGUCGUUGUCACUGCCAAACUGCGGGACCUUUUGUCCCCUGGAUAAGUUUAUCCAAGCGACCGCCCAUCUUAUUCCACCUGAAGACAUGUGUGGCAACUUGUGAGCCUCUCACGAGCGGGGGUUUGCGUAGGAAUCUCUUGUAUCAGCGUUGGAAGGAAGAGUUGACGAGUGAUACGUUUCUUAUCGGUGCUUCCAAACUUGUAAUUUAAUUGUUGUUUAUUAAUUUUGUUGCUUCAAGUUAAAAUAUUAAAUUUAAAAAAUCGUUGAAAUAUUAUAUUGAAUUUAUUUUUCUA